AUGACUUCGCGUUCUUCUCGCACCGUGGCCCAUUUCUCUUACUUACGCGUCGCCACUCUUGAGAGCCAAAGUAAACACUUGGGGAUCAUCCUGGGACGAUUACGACAACACCGGAAGCUGAAAAUCUGGUUCUUCGCGAUGGAAGAGGAAGAGCGCUGCGCAAACCCGCUCCUACUUGGUUGGGUAAAGGAGUGGCUGGACUUUGCUCGUGAAAAGAACAGCAAAGGCGUUCUCGUUUACAAACACGCUUAUGACGCCCUCAACUCCUGCCCCAUCACCUUUCGGCACCCGUCCCAGCUCCAGCAGCUCAAGGGAUUCGGGCCGAAACUUUGCCAGAGACUUACGGACAAGCUCAAGGCUCACUGUGAGGAGAAUGGCUUGCCGAUGCCCAGCGCUGGCCGUCGCCCGGCAGGUCUAGCCGACGCUCAGGCUGGGACAGAGGAGUUGGCUCCUUCACCGCCCAAGAAGCGUCGGAAGAAGAAACCCUACGUUCCGGCCUAUCGGUCUGGAGCCUACGCCAUAGUCAUGGCGUUGUCAAGUCUAGAUGAGAACACACCGGGUACUCAAGGGCUUCCCAAAGCCCAAUUGAUUGAGCUGGCCCAGCCGUUGUGCGACUCCUCCUUCACCGCGCUCACCGGUCCCACCAAGUUCUAUACCGCUUGGAACUCGAUGCGGACUUUGAUUGACAAGGACCUUGUCUACGAAAAGGAGGCCCAUGAGGAAGUACACAUUGACGGAUGA